GCUCUAUAGUAUAAAUCCUAACCUUAAAUCAUCUUCAAUCCAAUCCAUAAAAUAAAAACUUGCCAGAUUAAGUUUUUGGGUUGUGUGGUCUCGUGAUACAAAUGCUAUCAAGGUUAAUUGAAAUGGUACAAUUUUCGUGACCUUUUUACUAAAAGUAUGAUGUUCGAGCAUUCUAUUAAAGUACCAAGGCACUAUAAAAUUGCUGCGAAUAUUUUAAAAAAGGUUUCCACAGAAGGCGGCAGCGUUAAAACUUUAUUGUACGAUAAUAAACUUCGUCAUUUCAGAACUAAUGUGCUAUUUGCACUUAUAACCGAAACUAUAAAACAUGCUGCACAAAUUGACAAAAUUUUUGAUAGUUGUAGUCUACUUAAAAAUGAAUCACGAUUAGAUCCUUGGCUAGCAAAAAUUUUAACAGCAGAAUUGCUGUUUGGUAAAAAAGCUUUACCUGGGAAAAGUAAACCAGAACAAACAAUAUUAUCAUACAAAGAACAAUUUGAGAAAUAUACAGAUGACCAUGAAGAUGAUUUGAAGUCUAAAGUUGUUCGCAGACCGAGAUAUGUACGUGUUAACACGAAUCUCUUGACUACAUCUGAUGCGAUACGAGCCUUCCAGGAUGAGGAGUAUCAAUUCAUCAGAUGCACGGGUGGCUCCUACGAUGACUAUCUCAAACAAGUACAAGGUCUUACGGAGUAUGUCUUCACACAGGACUACCAUGUGAAGACUAUGUUUGUUUUUUUCCCUGGUACAAAGUUUCAUGAACAUGAACUGUAUUUGGAAAAUAAGAUUAUAUUGCAAGAUAAGGCAACAGCUCUGGCAGUCGUCCUUUUGGCUGCACCUCCUGGUAGCGUGGCAUUGGAUAUGUGCGCAGCACCCGGCAUGAAAACAACGCAAUUAGCUGCGUUUAUGAGAAAUCAGGGAAAGAUUUACGCUGUAGAAAGGAACGAGCAACGUUAUAAGACGCUGUGCGAUUUUGUAGAGAAAACCGGAUCAAAGUGCGUAGAAACAUUACACAAAGAUUCUUUAGAAAUUAAACGAGGCGAGUACGAUGACGUGGAAUAUAUACUCUUAGACCCUAGUUGUUCUGGUUCAGGGAUGGAGUUUUGUGUACACAACUAUAUCGAAGAUACGAGGUUAGCAAAACUUACAUCAUUGCAAGAAAAGUUUUUAAAACAUGCAAUGAAUUCAUUCCCAAAAGCAAAGAGAAUAGUUUACAGCACAUGUUCAUUAUAUCCAGAAGAGAAUGAAAGAGUCAUUACAAAUGUUGUAAAAACAUCAAGAGCUAAAUGGAGAGUUCAAGAUGUAAAAGAACUGUUAAAAGGUCAAUGGAAUAAUUUCGGUUCCGGAAUGUAUGGCAGUAUUGGCACAAGAUGUUUAUACGCAAAACCUGAAUCAGAUUUGACUACUGGAUUCUUUUUAGCUGUAUUGGAUAGAGAUCAGAAAGAUUUAGAAAAGAAAGAAAGCAAUGAAAACAAUUCAGUUAAAGAAGUUAGAAAAGAAAAGAAAAAUAAAACCAAAAAGAAUAUUGAUAAUGACAAUAAUGCUGAAAUUAAUGAUAAAACAAAGCAAUUGGAAGAUAAUGAAAUUGCUGAAGGCAGAAGUGAGGACGAGAUAAGGAGCAUUAAGAAAAAUAAAAAGAAAAAGAAAAAAUCCAAACAAGACAAUGACUGUUCAGAUAUUGCAAUAGAAGAAAAGGAUAUAAGCGACGUUAUUGAAGUCGUGAAGAAAAAAUCUAAAAAGAAGUCUAAGAAAAAUUCUAACCUUGAGGAUGCAAUACAAGUUGAUGAAGUAGAAAACUCGGUUAAUGAUACAAAAGAAUCAAGCAAUGAAAAACCUAAAAAGAAAAAGAAGAAAAAAGACAAAACCAAAGAAAUAAAUAACACAGAAAAUAACGAUACAAGCGAACUGGCUGAAAAUAUGGAUGAAGAAAUUCAAAAGAAAAAACGGAAACGUGAUUCCGAUACCAUAAUUCAUGAGUCAAAUAAUGAUUGUUCAACUCAUCAUUCAAAAAAGAAGAAAAAGAAAGACAAAUAUUUAAUGGUCGAAAAUGACGAUAAUAAUGAACUGGAAGUACAGAAAAAGAAAAAAAAGAAAAAGGUUAAUAGUAGUUAAACAUUAUGAACUUUUGUCUUUACAAUUCUUAAAAUAAAUCAGAAAUCGUAAUUGU